AUAUCUCGUCUUGUCCAUCACAUAACGACUGAGCCUGUCCAUCCGAUCUAUUACCCCUUUCUACGAUUCGGCGCUCUGCACGCUUCGAGGACCUGUCUGGUAUGGGCGGCAGCCACGAAGACAGGAGGGAGCAGAAGAAAGGUCGGAAGGCUUCAGGAUUUGUUUGGGUACCUCGUAGCGACUUGGGGAGGUGGAACCCUUUUAUCAUUGCUCACUUCACAACCUCCGGCAUGGCUCAUCUCGUCCACUCCAUGGCUGAUCUAUAUACCUAUAUACUUCCUACUCAUACCAUCCGGUAUGGCCAACUAUAUGACCUCGACAGCACCUACAUUCAUCAAUAUCAUUGGGGCCUACUUUGAUGGGAUAGCUCGAGGAAUCGUCUUGACAUCCUUACCAGAUCUCCUAGCCUCUUCGCCUAGGUUCGCCAGCGCCGCCAAUCCAUGGACCGUCGCGGUCCUCAGUGGUAUAGCGGCUUGCGGUGGAGGCUGGAUGGUACAGACGUUCAAUCUUCCAGCUGCUCAGUGGUCGAUUGGAUCGCCCAGUAUCCUUUCUGGAACUGGCCCUUUCAUCUUGGAGAGUCUAGAACUCUGGGCCGUCAUGCUAUGCUCUGUGGUCUACUGCUCUUUGAUGAGGAUACACCCCAGCCUGUCUCCAAUCUCCAACCUCAUCACACCAUUGAUCCCAAGAGACUUGGUCAGUAUCUCUGCCAAAGCUUCUGGCAAUGGACCGCUCGUCGAUGCUCCCAUAGCCUGGGCCUUUGCCAUCAUCAUUUUGGGAUCGCUGUAUGCCAGUAAAGUCAUCACGAAACUGAUCAUGGACUCUCGAUCGAAGCGACGU